GCAUCAACGCAAGGCUGACUCUCUGGCUAACCGGGUAGUUGCGGAGGGUAGCGGCAGGAACUGAAUUCUUGGGACGAAAAUACUUAGCAGCGUGAUGAAUACGAGCUACCCAUUAAAGUUCGGUGUUCAAAUUGCCUGGACUAACCGCCAAGGCAUCUGGAAUUCUCUCCGUUGUCAACAUGCCCGAUUACUUUCAGCUAGAAGUUGCCAGAGGAUGCCAUUGUUGAAGUCAAACAGCAUGAAAUACACAUCUUUCCACUGCCAAGUAUCUCGAAGACGAGCGUUUUCAUCUGAAGCUGGCAAGGUGGGGGCUGUGGCUGCAUCAGUUGAGACAAAUGCAGAGACAGUCGUCCCUGCUGUGCCACCAGCACCAACAGUAGUGCCUGUCGAAAGCUUUGUAGAAUCCCUGGGAGACGACACGGUGGUGCCUACUCUGCAGUCUGUUGGGUUAGGAGGGUGGUCACCGUCAGGCAUAGUACAGCAGCUGCUUGACUUACUGCACACAAGUACUGGACUGCCCUGGUGGGCCACCAUAGCUGCCAGCACUGUGGUCGUCAAAGUGAUCCUUCUUCCUUUGAUUGUCAAAGGCCAAAAAAACUCUAUUCAUAUGAACAACAACCUUCCCCAGAUGCAGCAUUUGCAAGCCAAAAUGACUGAGGCGAGAAACACGGGCAACCAGCUUGAAGCUGCCCGUAUUGCAAAUGAACUGAUGAUUUUCAUGAAAGAAAAAAAUGUAAACCCCUUGAAGAGCAUGAUCAUACCAUUGGCUCAGGCUCCAGUGUUCAUCAGCUUCUUCUUUGCCUUGCGUGGAAUGGCCAACUUGCCUAUAGAAAGCUUCAAAACUGGUGGCAUGUUGUGGUUUACUGAUCUGACUGUGCCAGAUCCUUUCUACAUCUUGCCAUUGAUCACCAGUGUUUCACUUUUCUGCACGCUUGAGCUUGGCGCAGAAAGUGGUGUCCGAGCUGACAAUCUGCAGUGGACACGAUAUGUUUUCCGGUGCCUGCCAGUAGUAAUUUUCCCAAUCACCAUGAACUUUCCAUCGGCUCUUCUGUGCUACUGGGUCACUAGCAACGUGUUUACCCUGUGUCAAGUGGGUGUGCUUCGCAUUGAAGCAGUGCGGAAGCGUUUAAACAUACCAGCAUUGGUCAAACACAAGAAGAGUGAACUAACCCUUUCGAAAAAAGGAUUUGUAGAAGGUGUCAAAGAAUCCUUCACAAACACUCGCAUUGCUCGAGAGAUUGAAGAAAGGUCUAGGGCAGAUGAGAUACGAUUCAAGAAAGCUGGAAUAGGUCCAGUGGUGAAGACUUACGCAUACGAUCCCACCAAGCAAGCUUUUGCCAAAGGAGCUGGUUCAAGUCAGAAAAUCAAUGGUUAGGUUUAGUAAGAACAACAGGAUUCCAAUGUGCCCUUUUAGUCGGAACGAACCAUUCAGCAGUAGCUGCUUGUAAAUAAACUAAAUAUAUAAAUGUAAGAAA